AUGUGGACUUUAUCUGGUAGACCUAAUUCAAUUAUCGUAGAUUCAGCAACAUACAAUAAUGAUAAUUCCAGUUGGGUAGAACGGGGCCAAGGAACAAAAUAUGAAAACGCAAAUCAUGUUAACACCAUACCUAAUACCCUUGAACCACCACCGGAGGGUAUUUCUAAUAUUGUAUUAUAUUUAGGAGAUAUUUGUGGUGGUUUUAUACAAUUACAAGAACAAUUAAAUUUUUCUUCAAUGUUUGUUAUGGUUAAAGAUAAUAUUUCUUGUAGUAUUCAAGAACAAAUAUUAAAUGUUGAAAAUGUAUCAAGUUUAAUAACUGGAAUAUUAUUUUAUUCAUCAAAUUAUGCUGGAAAAGUUCCCAACAACCUUGAAAAUAUUGAUUAUAAAAUUGAAAAACCAAACCUCCCAACUUUCUAUGUUAGUAAUAAAGUUGCUGAUGAAAUAAAAAAAAGUAUAAAAAAUUAUAAUGGAUCUACUAAUAAGAAUGAAAUACAAGCUUAUGUUACGAUGGUUCCUUUACAAAGAAGUAUUGCAUCAGCUUUACAAAUCACUUUUAUUACUAUUCUUUUCACUUUCUUAACCGCUUUUGCGAUUUUAGCUUGUUUACAAUAUGGAGUAACUCGGUGGAGAAGGCGAGGACCGAAUUCACCAACUCCUACAACGGAAAAUACACAACAUCCUGUUCUUGAUAAAGAUAUAUUAGAAAGUUUUCCUGUAAAAAAAUUUAAAUCUGAUAAUACUAAAGAAGAAAUAAUGAUAACAGUUAAAGAUGAAAAACCUAUGUUAAUAAAAGACAUUUUAAGGAAAAAGAAUCGAACAAGUUUAGUAGAUAACAAAGAUGAUAAUAGGGAAAUACGUAUUAAUAUAAUAGAAAAUAUUAAUAACAAAAUACCUUUAAAUCUUGAAGAAGAACAAAUAAUUUCUACGACAUCCGAAAAAAGAGAAAGAACAUCAACUGUAUUAUAUCAAUCCUCUCCAAAAGACUCUUUACCCUCUAUUUCACCGGACAUUCACGUUAAAGAAAAAGACAUGAGUCAUCAUAAAAUACAAGAAUUACAAACAACUUGUGCAAUAUGCAUAGAAGAAUUUCAAGAUGAUGAAUUAUUGAGAGUAUUACCAUGUGAACAUGAAUUUCAUGCCAAAUGUAUUGAUGAAUGGCUUACAACGAAAAGUUCAAAAUGUCCACUUUGUAAAUUCGAUUUAACACCAACAACAUCAUUUGAUCAACCAUCUUUAACGACAACACCAUCACUAUGA